UUUUGCAGUCUUUUUGUAAUGAAAUGGUUGACGACAUUCUGAUUAUGUCGUCAUGAGCGACGACAUUUGUGUCGAUUUGGAAAAUCUAAAAUUUCCUCAUAGCAUGAAAAUAUCAACCACCGUGUUUUUUAAAAAGGAGGAAUCAAUCAUUAACCAAUCCAUAUCAAUAACAAUUACUAUUACAUCAUGGCAUUGAAUAUAUCCUUAUACACGAUCUCAGCCGUGUUGAUACUAGAUAACGAGGGAUCAAGAUUAUAUGCCAAAUAUUAUAAUCCACCUGCCAUUGAUGGACCACCUCAAUCUCAAACUCAAUUAUUAUCACAACAACAACCCCACCAACUUUCUAAUGACAAUCAAUUCCAAACUUUAUCACAACAAUUGAAAUUCGAAAAGGAACUCUUCUCCAAAGUCAAUAAAAUCCAUCAAGAUAUCAUUUUAUACGAUAAUCAUUUGAUCACUUAUAAACAAUCCAAUGAUAUUAUUCUUUUGGUAGUGGCUAAGAUUAAUGAAAAUGAAUCAUUGAUUUAUUCCAUCAUGGCGAAUUUAUUCGAAAGUUUGAAUAUAUUAUUAGACAAUACCAUCGAUAGAGCCACCAUUUUAGAUAAAUAUGAUAUUGUAACUUUAACCAUUGAUGAAACCAUUGAUGAUGGGAUUAUAAUCGAAACUGAUCCGGCUAUUAUCGUAAGUAGAGUCACCAAUCCUCCUUCUAAUCAAAUCGACGUUCAUGUUAAUAUCGAUAAAGGGUUAUUCGAUGCGUUUUCUUUCGCUUCCAAAAAGAUUUCAGAACGUUUACAACAAGGUUUAUAAUUGUAUAUUAUUAUUAUUAAUUCUUUUUAUAUAUAUAAGUAAUGUUAUAUAUACUUCAAAUACAUAUUUUCAAGCAUAUU